CGAUCCUCGCGAUUCUAAUGUAUUGUUGCUUUUGUGCUGCGGACGUGGGCCUGUGUGAUGUUGUUGGUAUUAAGAACAUGUGGUGCAAAGCGUGCUUUCAGCAAGAGCAAUGUUGACCGAGUGUUACGUGACAUCGGGGAAGGUGAAGUUCGGCGCAUGUUUCCCGCGCCUCCGAACGACGGGGGCGUAGAGACGCGAGCGAGAACGUGAUCUUCCGGAAUAGCAACAAGCUUCCAUCAAAAAGGCAGCCUUCGUUAUCUGUGAGCGACGCACGCUGCUGAAGCCACCGUGAUGGGUUAAGCCGUUGGUUACUGCAAAGCGCCGCCGUUCCAACCGCUACGACGCAGCUCCUUUCGACCAUGGGUCUGUUUCUCAGGGUUCAGCGCAGUGCUCGCAGCGUCCUACUGCUGUCCAAGCGGCGCGCGCUGUUGCGCUUUUGUAAAUUUAAUCCGGGGGCCUUCUUGAUUAGCCUAUUUCUCGUGUCCCUGUGGUUGAGCGCGUUGCGUUGUCCGACGUGGCUGAGCGGCGACCACAUCGUUUACUCCGAAGCUGACAUCGAACGCAACGCGAGCGAGUGUCCGUGGACCCCUCGCCAAGGGCACCAACUGUCCUGGCUGAGCAUCGACUCGCGCAUCAAGUGUGCGGCAAACCGCGGCGGUGCCGUUGUCGUGCAGAGGAGCGUCAACCGAACUCUUCUCAAGGAACUGGAAAGCAAAUUGCUUCCGGGCGGCCGCUGGUCGCCGCCCUUCUGCAGGUCGCCACACUUUGUGGCCGUCGUCGUUCCGUACCGAGACCGGAGCGAGCACCUAGACUUGUUCCUGCAGCACAUGCACCCGUUUCUGCAGCGGCAGCAGCUGCAGUACGGCGUGUUCGUAGUCGAGCAAAGCGAGCGACACGCGUUCAAUCGGGCCAAGUUGUUCAACAUCGGCUUCGCCGAGGCCCUAGCUCGAGACAGCUACUGCUGCUUCGUCUUCCACGACGUCGACCUGCUGCCCAUCGACGCGAGGAACGUGUACCGCUGCGAGCGGUUCCCCCGCCACCUGAGUUCCGCGAUCGACGUGUUCCGUUUUGUGCUGCCAUACCCGGAUCUCUUCGGCGGCGCCGUCGCCGUCAGGGCCGAUCAGUUCCGCGAGCUGAACGGCUUCUCCAACGAGUUCUUCGGCUGGGGAGGCGAGGACGACGACCUCCAGAGGCGCAUCCGUGCCCGGGGCCUGUCCGUCAUACGGUGGCCGAGCUCCGUGUCGCGCUACACCAUGCUGGCACACACCAAGGCGAAGCCCAGCCUGCAGAGGCAGGAACUUCUCAGGAAUGCCGAGUCGAGGUACGAAAUGGACGGUCUCAACAACCUCCGCUACCAGGUCCUCGCCCUGGAGGAGAAGCCUUUGUACACGAGGAUUCUGGUGGAUGUCGAUCCACCAGCCCAACCAGAAGGCAUCCCAGGGCUGGUAGACAUGCAGCGCGCCAAAGGAAGGCACGCACUCCUGGGGGCUGUUUGAUAUUAGGCUGUUCGUGCUCACUGCGAAACGUGUAUGCAGUUGUGGCACAUUUAUGCUUUGAAGCCCGCAGAACGAGCGUAACUACUCGGAAGUCUCGUGCAGUUGCCAGGUUGAACAAAAGGAACUACUUUACUUUCUUCAGCUGCAACCCUUAGCAACAGUGAUGGUUGGUGCAUCGCACUGAGGCUUGUAUGUGAUAGAAAAAAACUUAUAUUGAUGGUAUGUUGCCUGCCACACUUGUGGUGAAAUGUUGGCAUUAAUUGACAGCUGGAUUUAGAUGGAAGAAGGAUGCUAUUCAUGUAUUAUGCGACAGAAACUAGUGCAAUAAUCCAUGUGGGAGUUGCACCAACUGGUACCAACAAGCGCAUGACAGCUCAGUGAACAGAAAUGUUUGAGGGAGGCAGCUUGCAGUAUAGCGCAGCUGUGUGUUAAAACUUGAAGUCUUUUGUUUCUCCUUAUAAUUGGCACAUGUAGAAAAUCCCUAAGAAAUGCAUAGUGUCCUCCUGAAUGCUAAGGAUAUUGACUUUAUACCAGAUGCACUGAGCAGUUGCAGUGUCCACCUCACUGCAUCCCAUGUUUUUGAAACGCAUGUGCAAGAAGCAGUGCCUUGUGAACGAUGUCUAGAUUGAGGUUAUAGUGACCCACCUAGUGCCAAUGCAGUGCAUGUAUCCGUUCAUAUGCCAACAGCAACACCUCCGCCCAUGCAAAGCACAUAUUGUAGAGCAGCCUCUGCACAAAACUUUGCACUUGACAUACGAGCAAAUGUGCCAUGAAAGGUUAGCAAAAAUGUCUGCUUUUCGAUAUUGAGAAAUCUUGUCGUUACUGUGCGCUAGAAGACUAAGUGGCAUGCCUGAUGUGACAUGCUGGUAUUUGCACCAUAUGACACACAUCAUGUGCUCCUUAGAGGCUGUUAAAGGGAAAGCUAGAAGCCCUGUGGGUUUGCCAAGGUCGCUUAAUUUGUGUGUACUACCUUUUUGUAAGCACUUAAACAUCACUAAAAUGUAGCUGCAGCUGGCCUUUAACAAGCUGGCAAAAGCACUAGAGUUGCAGAAGGCGAUAGAAAACUUGGUAAUUUCACCAGUUGCUUAUUGUUCAUAAUAGAAGCCGACUGUGGUACAACUCAUCUUUGUGCUAGCACUGUAAACUUGGAGGAUGACUUGGGGGUCAGGUGAUGGCUGUUUUUGGUACCACGAUUUGCUUAACAAGGCAAACGUUAAGUGGACAUGUGUUCUUAUAAUACCAUUCCAGAAACUUUGUGGCACUUUUUUAUGUCAAGAAAAUGUUUAAUCCUUUGCAGUCACAAGCCCUUACCCAAUACGCAGUCGUUCCAGUCAGAAGCCUCUCUGCACAUUUGGGGUGCCAUGCAGAAAGAACGCUCAGGUGCAACAAACAUAUGUUAGGGUAUUUAUUUGAGAGAUAUUUAUACCCUCGGCUGCCAGCGGUACUUGAAGCAGUAUGCAGGUUGGAGGCCAGGAUUUGCACUGCACGUCAUUCAGCAGAGGACAGUCACCAACAGCAAGGACAGCGCAGUCCCUGCUGUUGCCAUUUGUAGUCUUGUUUGGGAAAUGCACCACUCAAAUGAAAUCCUCCUCGGCGCUAGAAUCAUCAUCAGACUCCCUAAAUUCACGCAAGUGCCAUGCAUACAAUGUCCAUACUGAAAAUGUCACCAUCCAGUCAGCAUACGCACACCAAAUUGCAUGCGAAAAUAUUAAGUUUCCUCGAAAAAGUGCUGCCCUCAGCUGGAGACAACAAAAACUGCGAUUUGCAAUUGUAUAGCAAUGCCGAGAGUUGGUGCAAACCACCCAAAUAAACAGAGAAUGCAAGCAAGCAUGCACAUCAGGAGCACGUUGACGUGUGAUUGAAGCAUGGCAGCGUGGCCCUGACACAUGACCACAAAGGCAUGAAGGCUCCGCACAUCUUUAGUGCCCAUCCCCGCUCAAGAGAAGGGUUCGGUAUGUGCCGUCAUGAUCUACCCAACAAGUGGCGCCUAGGUUUCUUGCCAAAAAUGACCUGAAAAGUGUGACCACCGAGCCAGCCAAUAACAUGCCACGGACAUGUCGUAUUCUCUCACUAAGAGCUAGAGUGAGUUUCACAAUCGAGCAGAGCUGUCACAUCACUGAAACGAAGCUGAAGUGCUGGGAUACCAAAGAAGGCCGCUCAGUGGUUGUCGGCAAAACUUCAUGGUUAACAAGGAGCGACAUUAUCGCCAACAACGUAAUUUUUUGUGCAGUUGGUGCAGCAGGCGCCUCAGAAUACACAACAGAACAGUUUGUCUUGCUCCACCUACACGAGCGCGUCUAAGGUGUUGGUGUGGAACCAACCAGAACUACGGCAUCUUUGGCUCACGCUGCACUCCGACGGAAGGUUCCUGCCACUCACUGUUCCGAACUGACCACGGUAGCACUGUUUAUCUACUGGAGGCUCAAGUAAGCAUAGACCAUUUCACAGGAGAGAAAAAAACUCCUCUAUGCUGGGCUGCACGCGGGAGUACAAAGGCUGACAUCACAGCCUCAGCAGUGCAUUUUUAAGGGUCAUGCCUAUUUAGCGCAGCCCAGAGAAGAUCGUGGCGGCGCCCAGGGAGCCGUCUGUGAAAAGGUCUAUAGAGACACUGAAAGUUCUGCAGCUUGAUUACAAUAUCUGCCAUAACAACAAACAGCCAAGCGCAAUGUGAACAAGUGUCUCUUGUAUCUUCAACCAUGGCCUCCGUGAUUACCUCCGGCUGUGCUCCAUUGCCAGAGCUAAUUGCGGAGGCCAGGCUUAAACAGUGUUGCUGUUGCAGACGAGAUCACAUACCGAAAAUGACGUCACCGCGUUUGCUCAAAGACUCCCGGCUGCUGCAGCCGCUGUUUUUCGCUAAAAAAUGCUGUUUGCAUUCUCUUUUGAGAAAUCUCACAUCGACAUUUGAAUUCAGCAGUUAACAAACUGUGAUUACACACCCCAAAAGCGCUUCAGCUUCUGUUUAACGAAACCAUAAAAGUGCGUGGACAAUGAAACUUGUCAGCCAUCCCCCACAUCAUUGUCAAGAGAUGGCACGUUUUUGGCUCUCACUACUUGAGUCUGGCUUUUCUUGUAGUAAGCAAAAGCAGAGCCUGUAAAAUUGGUGGCUGUUACUUGCAGGAAAUAUUCACUGCAGGGUAAGUUUUAGCACUGCCUAGGCUAACAUCAAUGAGGUGCUCCCUCUAAGAAAUGCAUAGCUAGCAUUUUAUUCAGUCUUACAAUGUGCUGCAAUGAUCUUUGAGUGGUUGUGACAGGAUUAUAUUGAGUAUGGUCUACGUCACUCACUUCUCACACUAUAUAACACCGGCAUAGGGUGUCCCCCCACCCCCCCCCCUCCGAAACGGUUUCAAUCACUGGCAUGUCUUUGUGGUAGAACCCCUGCUUGCCACGCCAAAAGCCUGGAUUCAGUGCCAGCUCAAGUCCACGAUUUUUAUUAUUCGCAUCCAUUGCACCUUUUUGCUCGCAGACAAUGGCAACACCGGAAUUCCUGUGAAACAAGCUCUUUAACGCUCUUGCGUUAAACUGGUUUUUAGGUUUAGUGCAAUUUCAUGCCAAGUAGUACAGUAAGGUGAAGCCCAUUUGCCUCAUGCCUGUGGUAGCUGGGAAUGUGUCACUGCUGUAGCCUAGAGAACGGCCUGCAACUUGCAGGCAGUGGACAAAGGCGAUGCCUCCUUUAUGCAGUGCUAUUUACAAGCUCUCAUAUAUACACAUUUUUUGUUUGUUUGGCAGGUGUAACACAUUCUUACCAUACUUUCAUUUCACGAUCCUGUCUUUGUGCAUUCUAUUCGGCCUUGCAUUUGCAAUCAGUGCAAGGCCCUACCAAAGCAGGAUGGAGCAGCAAGUGGGCCUUCCAAUGUGAAAGUGAUUUAGAGCAUACAAAGCAAAUCUGCAUGGGUUUCCCCAAGCACCUUCUGAUGCAGUUCACAGAGUGAACUGCAUCAGAAGAAGGGAUCACAAGUGCUGGAGAAGCACUGAUGCAAAUGAGAUAGGCAUUGCAUGUCUUUAAGGUCGAUUGUCCCGUUUUUACUUUGCUUAGUGAAAAAUCCAGACGAGCACUUCUUCCUUUUAAGCUUGCUGAUAGGAAUGUGUUUCAUCAGAUGCCAUCAUGCUGUGUGUUGAAAAGUGUUCUUUAAGGGCACAGGGUAAGCCCUAUGCAUCCCAUGCAUUUUUGGCCAUUUUGAGGUACCGUUUUCUCAGUGACUAAAAGGGGUAUCCACAUAAUUGAUACAUCAUCUUUUUUUCAAAGUUUUCCGUUCUUUUAACUGAAGCAGAUUUAUUUAUAUCUGACUAAUAUUACAAUCUUGGUGAAUUUUUUACCGUUAGGACCUAAAUUUUGAGUUAAUUUGUAUCUUUGAAAAUUUAUAACACAAAAACUGUAAAGUGUAUAACCUCACGUCUGCUUCAGCAGUUGUGUGCAUAUAUGUAAAACACAAGAAAAAAUAAUCAACUGGUUAUCUUGGAAUACAUAGGAAAUAAUGGUACCUAAGUGAUAAAAAACAUGGUUUUGAGAUAAUUGAGUUUAAAUUUAGUGAACAGGUUAAAAGCGAACAUACCUUGCCACAAACACCGUUCAACUGUUCUAUUUAGUAGCUACGAGCUUGGUAAUUAUUGCCAAAGUGAAUUUUUAACUUUCGAGGCUGUCGUCUUGCUUGCCUUGCUUUUUUUGUGGGCUGUCAUGCUGCUCUAUCCACAAUUUAUCGUCAACUGUGGUCAACUUUAUCCAGCAAAUUGACUGUAUUCUGGCCAAGCUCCAAUUGUAAUUAUUUCAGAAUUUUGACUUGCGCGAUACUGCCAUCAUUAAACGAAGGAACGACAUCCAAUGUUGGAAAGGUGGCUUUUCAAGGGCUCGUUUUUCUUUGUUAGAUACAAUAUUAAUGAGAACUAACAGACAAUAAUGCAAAGGAAAGUAUAGGGGAUGUUACUUGUAGUAAUUAGGAUAUAAAUGUGAAGAAAGUUAAAGUGGACGAAAAGAUAGCUUGCUGCCGGCAGGGACCGAACCUGCGACCUUCGAAUAACGCGUCCGAUGCUCUACCACUGAGCUACGGCGGCGGUCAUCCCCCCGUCUGCUUUUUGGGGUAUAUAUGUGCAUUUUAAAGCUAGGUCUCAUUCUGGCAGGCUUGAUGCCUUCAGCUAGUAUGCGAGGGAUUAUUGGUCAGCUCCAGGCUCGUAAAAAAAAAAAA